UAUUUCAUUGCUCAAUACAGACAGACUAUGAUCAAUCUGAUCAAUUCGAACAAUAUUCACUAGCAAGAGCUCAAGAUGAAAAAGCACAUGAAAAUUUUAUUAUUUUUUGAUGUAAUCGUGUCGAUAUUUCAUCUGUCAACCCUUGACGAGGAUCAUUCAAUUGAUGUGGAAGCUGUAGAUCAUGCGUUAGAGUUAUUGGAACUUAAUCGUAGUUCUGUUAAUUGGGAAAGAAGUUUUGGACUUCUGGCAGAACGAUUUGUAGAAACUGAAUCUGAUUUGAAAUCAGUGAAACUUCUUUUCGCAAUCAUAUCGAAAAUUGAUGGACUCUGGCAACACUUCAGACCAGAUACCGACGAACCCACAAGCCUUACCGUACUUGAAUGGGGUACAGGAUAUGAGGGAAAUUGUCGAAAAAUAUUGCGAAGAACAGAUUAUCGCGAAGUUCCGAAAUUAAUUUCUAUUCUAGAACGUUAUGAAAUCGAUGAACUUUCGUUUUGUUCAAAAAUUGAGAACUUUUACGGUGAAACUUUGGGCGUCAACAUACCUGGGCUGUACAGAUAUGGCGAUGAGGAAAUGGAAAAUAUUCUCAAUUCAGAAUAUCCAGAUACCGAUCGUUUACGAACUGCGCUUGCGCUUAGAGACUAUUACUACUAGACUUUUGUCUACUAAGUACCUAUAAUUCUAAUGCAGGCACAUUUUUAUAAAAAUAUUUGAAUUAUCUAAGUAUAUACUAUAAGUUUAAAUCAAUAAAUUGUUGGCUCAUUAAGUAGGUAGCCGAUGUCACUUGGAGAAUAAAUUCGUUCUUAAAGCAUA